AUGCUUUCUUCACUGUUAUUGAUCCCGGCUCUCGUGUGUGCGCAAGGCUUCGCGUCGCCUGUUCUGAGGCGUCAGGCUCCAAGCUUCGUCUUUGACGGAGAUGCCCCGUUCUCCGUGGACGAUGAGACACUAGCCGCGGCGUUGACCUGUCCGAAUGGAGCCCCCUCUCAGUCUUCUCCGCCUGUGCUGUUGGUCCACGGCACGGCGGUGACUGGCGAUGCGACCUGGGGAGAGGGCUACGUGCCUGCUCUGUUGGCGGAUGGGUACACCGCCUGCCAUGUGACGUUACCCGGACGGGCCAUGGGUGACAUGCAGAUCUCCUCCGAGUACAUAGCCUAUUCGAUCCACCACAUCUCGCAGAUCUCAGGGGGUCUGCAACCCGCCAUCGUCGCCCACAGCCAGGGCAACCCGGACACACAAUGGGCGCUGCAGUUCUGGCCCAGCACGCGCCGUGUCGCGCGGGCUCUUAUCUCUUUGAGCCCCGACUUCCACGGCAUCUCCCUGUUCGAAUCGCCCCUGUCCGGCGCCUGCGAGGGCACCAGUCUCUGCCAAGCGGCGCUCUGGCAGCAAAGCUCCGGCAGCAAUUACUACAAGGCGCUUCACAAUGCGGACUUCCAGGCCCAGGUCCCCACCACCUCGAUCUGGACGCAGUUUGACGGUGUCGUCAUGCCCGCCGAGGACAACGCCCAGCUCCCAUACGCCAAUAUCAUCAAGCUGCAGGAUCUCUGUCCGCUGCGGCUCGCCAGCCACAUCACCAUCACCAUCGACGCGGCGGCCUACAGCAUCGCGCUCGAUGCCCUGGACAACGGCGGAAUCGCCGACCUCGAUCGCGUGCGACGCGGUUCGUGGACGAGCUGUUUCCGCAUCUCCGCCAAGGGCAUGCAAGUCACCAUCCCGACCCAGCUCCAGGAGGCAUUCGAUGUCGUCGUGAAGGGAUUCCUGUAA